AUGGCUGAACAACUUCCACCCACAUCAUCUAAACUAUUUCAAAUGGUGACCGAGUUGCGGCAAGCCAUGGCUGAGGAGAACCAAAGAAUGGCAAAUCAAAUUGCCAACUUGAAUAACACCCGAACCGAAAAUAACGACGACCGACAAGAAGAAACCGAGCAUCAGUCAGGGCCGACACACGUCUCUGACACUGCUCGGCACGAAGAGGAGCAACCCGAGCAUAAUGAAAAAGCUCGGCCAGAGAAUGAUAACAACAAUCAGGAGAGUUUCCCUAGACCAUUCACGGCAGAGGUGAUGAACUUCGUGCUACCCCAAAGGUUCACCCUGCCGACUACCCUAACUCCCUACGAUGGGUUAGGUGAUCCGAAGAAAUACAUCAAGAAAUUCACCUCCAUAAUGAUAGUAAACGGUGCAUCUGAUAAAGUUUUAUGUCGUUGCUUUCCAUCUUACUUAGACGGUCCUGCACUUGAUUGGUUUUGUUCUUUGCCUGCAGGUUCUAUUUCUCGGUUUCGAGACAUAUCAAAGCCCUUUGAGGAGCACUUUGCUGGAUCGGCCAUCUACCUGCAUGACUCCAAUUACCUGAACACAAUCAAGCAAGGCCAACACGAAAGCCUCAAGGACUACAUGACGCACUUCACAAAGAUAGCCAUAAGUAUACCCGACCUCCACCCCGAGGUGGAACUGCAAGCCAUAAAGAGCGGAUUGCGACCAGGAAAAUUCCAGGAAACUAUUGCUGUGGCCAAACCUAAAACUAUGGCCGAAUUCCGCGAAAAGUUCAACACCAAGCGCGAUGAUAUCAUCAAGGAAAUCUUGAAUUCGAAGCUGAUCAAACCGCCAAGAAAAGUCAGCAGUUACCCAGAUUCAAGAGGCGCGGACAGAUCAAAAUACUGCUCCUUCCACCAAAAGCACGGACACACUACCGACGAGUGUAUCAUCGCCAAAGACCUUCUAGAGCGAUUAGCUCGGCAAGGCCACCUGGACAAAUACAUCACUGGCCACAUGCAGCGAUGA